AGGCUAGGCGUGACGAAGGUGAUGAGCACAGCUGUCCGGGGUCGCAUGCGGCAACCCCAGCAAAUCACGCUGUCGGGACCAAUAGCAUCUGCUUGCCGCCACAAAAGGGGUCGCGGGCCCUGAGGAACCGUUGUCGCGGGUCGCGGCUUCUUCGAUGGCGUGCCGCUAGCUGCACCAGGCGCCCGUAAUCAUGGCCAGCCUGCGGCCAGAGCAAGUGUGCCCCAGGAUUCCGUGCCCUCCAGUUCCCUUGCGAGACCCAUCCUCUACGCCGCAUCGUCGCAUUCUUUGUCGCAGGGUUGUGGGCGGUCGCGCAGCAUUCUUUGGGUGGGAAACCGUUGUUGAGGCGUUGCUACCACCACUAUUGCUACAGGAACAUGGAAUGAGAGCGAAGCGGUUCACUUUCACCAAGACCGUCUUCCCACCGGAUCAUCUUUGCGCCCACCUUUCACUGCGGCCGCCACCCAAGCACGAUAUGGAACCGAAAGACGAUUCUUCCGAGCCUUUGUCCAGCGACUUUCCGCCUCACUUCGCACACGCCUCCGCCACGGACACUCGAACCACGGCGCACUACUGCUCGUGAGAGCCGCAACUUCAACGCGUCUAUACCGCCCACCCACGACGCUCCUUUUACCUGCCGCGUUGCGCGGCCUAGACUAGGCUGCUCAACUUUACCUUCUUGACCCACCCCAUUCGCACGACCCUACAUAUUGUACGGGAGUGUAGUG